AUGGCGGGUCUUCAUGCAACGCUAAGACCCGCUUCUUCUUCGUCGUCUGUAUCCUCAACAUCGACACAUUCCCGCCUUUUACUAUUUCUUUCAGUCCUCUUAAUCUCUCUCGCCACCUUUGCUUUUAUUAUUCAAUGGCGUGGCGGGUUACCCGACCUGAUUACCCGAUGGCCUAACGAAAAUGACCCUCUUGGGUUCCUGGCCAUGGACCUUGCCGGACCCGGUCGAUCCUCGUCCUCCUCUGAUGCAUGUGCUGAUGUUCUUGGCCAAAGCCGCGUGGCAUCGUUCACAUAUUAUAGGAACUGGAAUUUCAGUUUUGGACCCGGAUCCGGAUCCGAAAAGGGGCCUGAGAUAUGUAUCACAACAAGCACUUCUGCUGGCUUAGAGCAGACACUGCCAUGGAUAUAUUAUCAUAAGGUUUUAGGGAUAACAAACUUUUUCAUGUUUGUGGAGAGGAAAGCUGCAUCCAAAAAUGUAUCAAAAGUUUUAGAGUCCAUUCCAGGAGUAAAAGUUAUAUAUAGGACAAGAGAACUAGAAGAAGAACAAGCUAAAAGCCGUAUAUGGAAUGAAUCUUGGCUGGCAAACUUCUUCUAUAAGCCAUGCAAUUAUGAGUUAUUUGUAAAGCAAACGCUUAACAUGGAAAUGGCUAUCGUCAUGGCAAGAGAAGCUGGUAUGGAUUGGAUUAUACAUCUUGAUACUGAUGAGUUGAUAUAUCCUGCUGGCACCAGCCAUUACUCUGUUCAACAGCUGCUGUCAGAAGUACCUGAAGAUGUAGAUAUGGUAGUUUUUCCUAAUUAUGAGAGUAGCAUUGAACGGGACGAUAUAAAGGAGCCCUUCAGUGAAGUCUCAAUGUUCAAGAAGAAUUUUGAUCAUCUCAACAAAGAAACUUACUUUGGGAGUUACAAGGCAGCAACUCGUGGUAACCCAAAUUACUUUAUGACUUAUGGAAAUGGGAAAUCAGCUGCUCGUAUUGAGGAGAAUCUUCGCCCCAAUGGAGCUCACAGAUGGCAUAACUACAUGAAGGAACCCAAAGAAAUAAAAUUUGAGGAGGCUGCUGUUCUACACUAUACAUACUCCAAGUUUUCAGAUUUGACUUCAAGACGUGAUCGUUGUGGUUGUAAGCCUACACAGGAAGAUGUCAAGCGAUGCUUCAUGCUGGAUUUUGACAGAAAUGCCUUCAUAAUUGCCUCAACUGCAUCAGAAGCAGAAAUGCAUCAGUGGUACCAUGAACGCGUCAUAUGGACUGAUACAGCACUAAAACAAAAACUUCUGAAAUUGGGCAUCUUGACUCGCAUUUAUGCUCCUAUGGUGAUCAUACAAGGCUUGCGGGAAUCUGGCAUUUUUACAAAUGUUAUCGUGUCAGCUUGGUCAGAAGAUACAAAAGAAAAGAGUUUGUCCUCUACUAAGAGUAAUAACUCUUCUGGAAACAUUGGGACAAAAGGAAUCUCUUCCAGGAAGUUUGGCUACAAAGAGUCUCAAGCUACAAUACGAAAGGUCUUGAACUUUGCAGGAAAUGGAUCAUAUGCUAUUCCCCCACAAUCACCCCCUAGUAUGGAUGAUAUGCACCUUCAUACGCUCAGAAAGGGGGGAGAGGGGAGUGAGCUUCUUAUUGACCUGUUCCACGGGAACCCUUUAGCAUCCUGUUCAAGAGGAUUCUCCCAGUGA